AUGACAGUUUUGUCAAAUCAAUCCAUUAUUCAAAAAUUUGAGGAGGCAAAUCAAUCUCAUUUAUUCAAAUAUUUUGACUCAUUAAACUUUGAUCAACAGAAUCAAUAUAUCAAACAAUUAUCUCAAAUCGAAGAUCCUUUGAAUCUAAUCAAUACUGUUCAACAAGCUAUAGAAUUUUCACAAAGUAAUUUAACAAACACCAAUGUGAAUGGUACAGAUGAAUCCACACAAUUAGAUGAAAUCUUUACUCAACUUCCAAAAGAUCAAACUGCUUCAAAAUUAGAUAUUGCGAAAUCAGCUUUGAAUCAUUGGGAAAGCUUAGGUUUUGACGCAAUUGGUCAAAAUCAAGUUGCUGUUAUUUUGAUGGCUGGUGGUCAAGGUACAAGAUUAGGCUCCUCAGAUCCAAAAGGUUGUUUUAAUAUAAAUUUACCUUCAGAUAAGUCAUUAUUUCAAAUACAAGCUGAGAAAAUUUUGAAAAUUGAGGAUUUGACUAAAAUAAAACAAAAUUUGAAAGAAAAACCAACUAUCAAUUGGUAUAUAAUGACUAGUGUCCCAACAAGAUCACAAACUGAAAAUUUCUUCACUCAAAAUAACUAUUUUGGUUUAAAUAAAAAUCAAGUCAUUUUUUUCAAUCAAGGUACUUUACCAUGUUUCAAUCUUGAUGGUUCAAAAAUUUUAUUAAAUACAGAAAACUCAAUUUGUGAAUCACCAGAUGGUAAUGGUGGUUUGUAUAAAGCUUUACAAACUAAUGGUAUACUUGAUGAUUUAAUAGCAAAAAAUAUUAAGCAUAUUCAUAUGUAUUGUGUUGAUAAUUGUUUAGUACAAAUAGCUGAUCCAACAUUUAUCGGAUUUGCAAUUGAUAAAAAGUUAGAUUUGGCCACAAAAGUAGUUAGAAAAAGAGAUGCAAAUGAGUCUGUAGGUUUAAUUGUAUUGGAUAAAAAAUUGAACAAACCAAAAGUUAUUGAAUAUUCAGAAAUCUCAUCAGACCUAAGCUCAAAAUUAGAUCCACAUGAUGAAUCAAAAUUAUAUUUGAGAGCUGCAAACAUUGUCAAUCAUUAUUAUUCAGUUGAUUUAUUAAAAAAUUCAACUCCUAAGUGGUUAGAUAAAAAUUCUAAAAUACAUUAUUUACCAUUUCAUAUUGCUAAAAAAAAGAUUCCGUAUUUUGAUAUAAAGAGUGGUACGAGGGUUGAAAAACCCUCCAGUCCAAAUGGUAUAAAAUUAGAACAAUUUAUAUUUGAUGUUUUUCCUUCGAUUGAUUUAAACAAGUUUGGUUGUCUCGAGGUUGAUAGAGAAAGCGAAUUUAGUCCAUUAAAAAAUGGAACCGGUUCACUGAAUGACAAUCCAGAAACUUGUAAACAUGAUUAUUUAAAACGAGGCACAAAAUGGAUUUUGCAGAAUGGUGGUAUUGUCAAAGAUAAUGCAUUGGUUGAAGUUAAUGUAUUAACUUCGUACAACGGUGAAGGUUUGGAGUUUGUUAAGGGUAAAACAUUUGAGGAUGGAGAUAUAAUUUAA